AUGCCUACGAAGCCUGUACUCAAUUUCUCGUUUCAAAGCUUGGUCUGCCUAGAUGGCAUCGUUGCUUUCCGACAGGAGCUCAUUGAAACCUCCAAAGACUGGAGAGCGCUUGGCUUUGUCGGGCCGUGUCCAUUCGCCUUGCCAACGCCGGAAGAGUUGGCUCUUCAUCGCAAGGAAUACCGAAUUUUUGAGGCGGCACAGAGUCUGAAACACGAUUUGGCGAGCUUCCUCGACAGUGCGUCUGAUGGAUGGGUUCCUCUCGAGAAUUGGGAGGCGGCCAAGACACAGAAUAUGGCAAUGUUCAACGAGAUGUUGCAAGCUGUACUGGAAAAUCAAGAUCCAGAUGACGACGAACCAAUCAGGAAUGAAAGGAACUUACGAGAUAUCUGGCCCUUUGAUCUACCUGGAGAGGAACAGGUCCAGCCCCCAGGAUUUGAUUCCGCAUCUCUCACAACGUCCCUCUCAUCAAGAGAAAACCACGGCAACUCUCGCUUGAAUCAUUCGGAUCCCAAGAGCUGA